CUUAGUGCUACCUAAAAACCUACCCCAAACUUCUUAUAUCCACCUAUAAACUACCUUAAAACUGUCCUUUGAGAGAGUCUUAUUAAUAGCUCUUCAGCUUCACUAGUCAGGCUGGACCUACACUCUUGGUCUCUCCAUUCUAACUCACUUCCUAAACAUGGGACAGCUGCCCACCCUCACACUCUCCUUCCCUGGGAUUCUCCAGCAGCCAAACUGUCCCCAGCCAGAGCCAGCAGCAGCACCUGCUCUCAGGAAAGGUUAGUGAGAGGCCCCCUCCCUCCCCACUUCCUGCUUGCCUUUAUCUCUUCCUGUCCAACUGCCCUUCUUACAUCACUUCCUCUCUGAGAGCAGUUUCUAGUUCCUUUUCCUGUGGGCUGGUCUCCAGGAUAACAAUCUCUUCUUUUGGGCCUGGCUCUCUGCCCACUGAGCCAGCCAGCUCUUUCCCUAGUUAAGUUAGAACAAGGGAUUAAGAAUUCCCUUUUACAUUGGCUAAAUAGGCAAUAAUGACCAGAGAGAGGGCAGAGAGUGAAGGGUUCAGGAGGGCUUCCUGGAGGAGGGAGCCUGGAGUGCCAGGGAUGGCCUUGGAGAGGGACAGACUGCCAGGCCAGGUGGUGACAUUCAAGGAUGUGGCUGUGGACUUCACAUGGGAGGAGUGGUGCCUCUUGUCCCCUCCCCAGAAGGAGCUGUACAAGGAGGUGAUGCUGGAGAAUGCCCACAAUCUUCUCUCUGUGGGGCUUCCAGCUCCCCCAGAAGGCGUGCUCUCUUAUUUGGAACAGAGGGAAGCCCCGUGGAUGCUGGAGCAAGAAGGCCUGAGGAGCUGCUGCCCAGAAGGAGAGAUCAGACCUGAAAUGAAAGCGAAUCCAACAGACGUAAGCUUUCCUGUGGAAGAAAUGGACCUUCAAAGACACAUGAGUGAUUGUCCUGCUUACUUUGAUUUCAGAGAAUUCUGUGUUGCACCUCAAAAUUCAUCCCAUAUUGAACAUAAAAGAAUGUACACUGAAGAAAAAUCUAGUGAAAGUAAUCAGUGCAGGAGGACUUUUAUGCACAAGGCCAGUUUUGCUGGACAUCAGAGAAUACACUCUGGUGAGAAAGCUUAUGAAUGUAAGAAAUGUGGAAAGACAUUCAGUCGGAGCUCCUCUCUUGCUAUACAUCAGAGAAUCCACACUGGGGAGAAACCUUAUGAAUGCAAUCAAUGUGGAAAGACAUUUAGUCAGAAAUCCCAUCUUGCUUUACAUCAUAGAAUCCACACUGGGGAGAAACCUUAUGAAUGCAAGCAAUGUGGAAAGACAUUCAGACUGAGCUUCAGUCUUGCACUACAUCAGAAAAUCCACAAUGGCAAAAAACCUUAUGAAUGCAAACAGUGUGGAAAGGUAUUCAGUUCAAGAUCCCAUCUUGCUGUACAUCAGAGAAUCCACACUGGGGAGAAACCUUAUGAAUGCAAGCAAUGUGGAAAGACAUUCACAAAUAACUCCAGUGUUGCCAUACAUCAGAGAGUCCACACUGGGGAGAAACCUUAUGAAUGCAAGCAGUGUGGAAAGACAUUCAGUCAGAGACCUCAUCUUGCUGCACAUCAGAGAGUCCACACUGGGGAGAAACCUUAUGAAUGCAAGCAGUGUGGAAAGGCAUUCAGUAGGAGAUCCCAUCUUGCUGUACAUCAGAGAAUCCACACUGGGGAGAAACCUUAUGAAUGUAAGCAAUGUGGAAAGACAUUCAGGUGGAACUCCAAACUUGCUAUACAUAAUAGAAUCCAUACUGGGGAGAAACCUUAUGAAUGUAAACAAUGUGGAAAAACUUUCAGACAGACUUUCGAACUUGCUGUACAUCAGAGAAUUCACACGGGGGCAAAACCUUACGAAUGCAAUCAGUGUGGAAAAACAUUUGCAAAUAACUCUAGUCUUGCUGUACAUCAAAGAGUCCACACUGGGGAGAAACCAUAUGAAUGCAGUCAGUGUGGAAAGACCUUCACAUAUAAUUCCAGUCUUGCUGUGCAUCAGAGAGUCCAUACUGGGGAGAAACCUUAUGAAUGUAAGCAAUGUGGAAAGACAUUCAGUCGGAGCUCCAAACUUGCUCUACAUCAGAGAAUCCACACUGGGGAGAAACCUUAUGAAUGUAAGCAAUGUGGAAAGACAUUCAAUCAGAGUUCCAGUCUUGCUUUACAUCAGAGAAUCCACAGCGGCAAGAAACCUUAUGAAUGCAAAGAAUGUGGGAAGACAUUCAGUCAGAACUCCCAUCUUGCUGUACAUCAGAGAAUCCACACUGGGGAGAAACCUUUUGAAUGUAAGCAAUGUGGAAAAGCAUUCAGUCGGAGAUCCUAUCUUGCUAUACAUCAGAGAAUCCACACAGGGGAGAAACCAUAUGGAUGCAAGCAAUGUGGGAAGACUUUCAGACGGAGCUUUGAACUUGCUGUACAUCAGAGAGUCCACACUGGGGAGAAACCUUAUGAAUGCAAUCAGUGUGGAAAGACAUUCACAAGUAACUCCACUCUUGCUGUACAUCAGAGAGUCCACACUGGGGAGAAACCUUAUGAAUGCAAUCAGUGUGGAAAGACAUUCACAUAUAACUCCAAUCUUGCUGUACAUCGGAGAGUCCACACUGGAGAGAAACCUUAUGAGUGCAAGCAAUGUGGAAAGACAUUCACAUAUAACUCUAGUCUUGCUAUACAUCGGAGAGUCCACACUGGGGAGAAACCUUAUGAAUGCAAGCAAUGUGGAAAAACAUUCAGUAAGAGCUCCCAUCUUUCUCAUCAUAAGAGAAUCCACACUGGGGAGAAACCUUAAAAAUACAAGCUAUGUGGAAAGAUAUCCACAUGCAGCUCCACUCUUGCUAUUGUGUAAAGGAAACUUACCUAUCUCCCCUUUCUGGUGCAGCAUGCCUAGAAUGAGCUUGAAUAUGACUCAGAGGCGAGGAUUAUAUGAUGGAGACUAUUGAGAAAGGGUAGAAUGGCAGCAGGAAAAAGGCAGCAAUAAGAGUCAAAAUCAUUAGAUGAGGGUAGGGUGAUGUCUCCUGCACUGCCCCCCUAAAAGACUCAGGCAAAAUCAAAAGCCACAGUUGGUUCCUGGGAUGAGAUUUAUGAGUUAAGUGGCAGAGUUACGUGGUUUGAUAAACUGAGGCACAGACAGAUAUCCAAGCUUAUCUAAGUUUUGAUGCUGGGUGGACUUCCCUGUGAGAAUGGCUAGAACACCCUAAUGGUGACCACAGAAUAGCAAGCUAAUUGGAACAGUGAGGAAAGUAUCUCCUAUUUUCCCAUAUUUUUCCCCAACUAUCUUAGAAUAAACACAGUUAAUUUAAGGCCAGUCUCACAAUUUACCCUUUUAUACUAUUCAUCCCAGAGACCACAGACAUUAACACUGAGCUCUCAGCUUGUUCAAAAUCAGACAAUUCACUCUACUAUGUCAUAAUUGCCCCUAAAAUUAGGUCCAAAUGGGCAAAUGAUCUAGAACUAAGGUGUGAUUCCAUAAACUAAUUAUGGGAGUGUAGAAUAGUUUACCUUUCAGAGCAAUUUAUUGAUAAGGGAAGAAUUUUUGACCAAAUAAGAAGUAGAUAACAUUAUGAGGUAUAAAAUGGGUAGUUUUUAUUGUAUUAAAUUUAAAACUUUGUACAAACAAAACUAAUGCAACUGAGAUUAAUAGUGGAAACAAGAAGUUAUUGUUUGCUUUAUAACAAUAUGUCCAAUUAAAUACUUCAGUUUUUAAACAUUCUAA